CCUCCUUUCUCUUUCCUUCCCCAAGUUUCUCGCAGGGAAUGCAGAGAGAUGAUAGGAAAUUCGCGAUCGAAGCCUGAAUUUGGAGGUAGGGCUAGGAAGAACAUCGGAGGCAGGACUUGCCACCGUAAACAUGUCGAAGACGGGUAGAUUCGUUCUCUUUCAUCUCCUCCUUGUGUAAUUUAAUUCACCGGUCGACGCACAAGACCGAUUGUUUAGGUUUCCAAGUUUUAUUUUUAGUUUCUAUUUGAUACGAAGACUCUGCAAUGGCGGAUAAGAGUGGAGCCUAUGGCAGCUCUGUGCUUCACGGGAAGUACGAGUUAGGUCGGCUUCUGGGCCAUGGUACCUUCGCGAAGGUCUACCUCGCUCGAAAUAUACAGAGUGGGAAGAGUGUCGCGAUGAAGAUUGUUGGGAAAGAGAAGGUAAUCAAAGUUGGAAUGAUGGAGCAAGUGAAGCGUGAGAUAUCGGUUAUGAAGAUGGUGCAACACCCUAACAUUGUGGAGCUCCAUGAGGUGAUGGCGAGCAAGUCUAAGAUCUACUUUGCCAUGGAGCUUGUCAGAGGCGGCGAGCUCUUCUCCAAGAUCGCCAAAGGUCGGUUGAGAGAGGACGUUGCCAGAGCUUACUUCCAGCAACUCAUAUCGGCCAUCGAUUUCUGCCAUAGCCGUGGCGUCUACCACCGGGAUCUGAAGCCUGAAAAUCUACUCCUCGACGACGAAGGCAACCUCAAGGUCACCGAUUUCGGUCUCAGCGCGUUCGCUGAGCACUUGAGACAAGACGGUCUGCUACACACUACCUGCGGAACACCUGCUUAUGUCGCUCCGGAGGUGAUCGGAAAGAAAGGUUACGACGGAGCUAAGGCUGAUCUCUGGUCCUGCGGCGUUAUUCUCUAUGUUCUACUUGCAGGCUUCCUUCCGUUCCAAGACGACAACAUAGUGUCCAUGUACAGGAAGAUCUACAGAGGAGACUUCAAGUGUCCGCCUUGGUUCUCCUCUGAAGCUCGCCGCCUCAUCACGAAGCUGCUCGACCCGAAUCCCAACACUCGGAUCACCAUCGCCAAGGUCAUGGAGACACCCUGGUUCAAGAAAUCGUUGCCGAAGACGGUACGAACGAAGGAAGAGAUGGAAUUCGAUAGUUUCGAGGGUGAGGAAGAGACGAAGGCGAAGGGGAAACAACCGGAGACGAUGAACGCCUUCCACAUAAUAUCGUUGUCGGAGGGUUUCGAUCUGUCACCGUUGUUCGAAGAGAAGAAGAGGGAGGAGAAGGAGGCGCUGAGGUUUGCGACAACGAAGUCGGCGAGCAGCGUGAUAUCGAAGCUGGAGGAGGUGGGGAAGGCGAUGAACUUCAACGUAAAGAAGAGCGACACGAAAGUGAAGUUGCAGGGGCAAGAGAGGGGGAGAAAAGGGAAGCUUGCGAUUGCUGCGGAUAUCUUCGCGGUGGCGCCGUCAUUUGUGGUGGUGGAAGUCAAGAAGGAUGGCGGAGAUACGCUAGAGUACAACCAAUUCUGUUCUAAAGAGCUUAGACCGGCGUUGAAGGACAUCGUCUGGACCUCCCCGGCUGAUAAUCCGACGUCUGCUUAGAAGAAAAAAAAAGCAGAUUUUUCUCGGGGCCAAAAUCAUUCGUUUGCAGAUGA